UCUUCUUCUUCUUCUUCUUCUGCUUGUUCUUGCGCGGCCUCUCUCUCUCCCUGUAGAUUCAUACUUUUGCCCCUGUUCAUCUCUCUCGUUCAGCUGUUCGGUGUCCUCUUCUCUCUGCAGCGUGCUCUGUUUACCUGCGUUCAUAGACGGCGGCAACCAUGGCUGCCAACGACUACUACAACAACAGCUACUCGCAGAAGCCUCAUCCGGCUCUGCCUCACGAUAACGACACUCACGAUGCCUCAUGGGGCCACCAGCAGCCCUCAUCUCCGACCCUGCCAGCGGGAGGAUACUCCCACAACUACGACAACGGCGGCAGAUACGGCCACUACCACUCCAAUUCAGACAAUGACCUGGGGGAGAGCCGGAUGGGCCAUAGCAACGACUACUACUCAGAAGACAUCCCCCUCAAGCCAAAUGCAGCUAACAACAAGCCUGACUGGGCGGACGAUACGAGAUACCAUCCUUCUCCUCACGACUUGCCAACCGAACCCUUGAACCUCAGUGAUCCCGUCAGACGGCCAUCUCGAAGGAGGAAGCACGGUUACUUUGCAAAGAAGAUCCCCUGGGUUACGCAUAUAACAUCUCUGGUGCAGAUCAUCAUAUUCAUAGUCGAAAUCGUGAGAAAUGCCCAGUUAACAGGAUCUCCCAUCAUGACAAAACCCUCCUUCAACCCCAUGAUCGGCCCAUCACCCUAUGUCCAGAUAAACCUAGGAGCUAGAUUCGUUCCUUGUAUGCGUAAUGUGGAUAAACUCCAAAACAACCCAAAUACUGUCUUCUUCCCAUGUCCAAACUCGACCACCACGGAUGCCAAAUGUAGGCUCUCCGAGCUCUGUGGAUUCGACGGAGUGCCUGAUCCAAAGCCAAACGGAAGCCUCGACGAUAAACCUGAACCAAACCAGUGGUUCCGUUUCAUUGUACCGAUGUUCCUACAUGCCGGUCUUGUGCAUAUUGGUUUCAACCUCUUUGCACAGCUGAGCAUCGGCGCCGAUAUGGAGAGGACUAUUGGCUGGUGGAGAUACGCGAUUGUCUAUUUCUCUAGUGGGAUAUUCGGUUUCGUUCUUGGUGGAAAUUUCGCAGCUCCCGCCAUUGCUUCUACGGGAGCAUCAGGCUGCCUCUUUGGCAUCUUCGCCCUCUGUGUUCUUGACCUCUUCUACACCUGGGGCAAGAAGCAGAGACCAUGGGUCGAUCUGACGUUCAUGGUAAUCACGGUAGCAAUCUCAUUUGUUCUGGGACUGCUCCCUGGCUUGGACAACUUCUCCCAUAUUGGCGGGUUCCUCACUGGGUUAGUACUAGGUAUCUGCAUCCUUCGAUCACCAGACACCUUGCGAGAACGCAUUGGAGUCAAGACUCCUUACGUCUCCAUGGGUGGUAACUUCGGAGUCGAUGAAGAUCAGAAGAAGUUUUUCAAGCAACCAGUCAGCUUUUUCCAGGGUCGCAAACCACUGUGGUGGGGAUGGUGGCUGCUCAGAGCUGGAGCCCUGAUUGGGAUAAUCGUCUCUUUUAUCGUCCUUCUCAACAACUUUUACAAGUACCGCACCACAUGCUCAUGGUGCAAGUACUUGUCAUGCCUGGUAUGUCUCCCGAUACCUUGACAGUUUCUUUCUCUGAUGGAGAUGCUAAUGAUACCUUUUUUUUUACUGGAUAGCCUAUUAGCAAUUGGUGCGAGAUUGGUGACUUUACCACAACGCCAAUCACAAAGAACACUCGAAAUAUUCCGUUUUAGACGCUAUUCACCCUUGAUGGCUGGCCUUUCUUAAUGCACUGCUUCCUCGUUUGGUUUGCUAUGAUGAAAUGCCCGACACUAUCGCCUUGAUGGCUCUAUACCCCUUCCUUGGUCACGACUCAUAAUUUACAGCUCGUUAAACUCACCUGUAUAGUUUCAACAUCCCUUGUAAAGUUGCACUGCGUUUCUCCUGGGCCGUGUACCCAAAAGGUCGGCAUCAGCAUAGAUGAUUCGGCGUUUUGGGACUACCUUUCAUUUUUUUUUUUUUUUCUUC